AUGCCUUCCUGGUGGGAUUACCUUCACUUCAACCGGCAAUACAACAACAAAAGAAACCUCGAAGAAGGACUGUUCCAAAUCGCGUCCCAAACCUGCAACAUCCUAGUCAAAGUGAACAACACAAACAAUAUAAAUUUGACCAGGAACAACCGUAGCGACGAGUACGGUUGUGCCGGGCCCCCCGGGGGGAAAAGUUCCAUGCAAGUCUGCAUUCCCAAGUUCAGGAAGAACUCGUUGACGGCCGGCUGCAACCCUGGACUCUCGACUGUGCUCGAGUCAGGGAGUGUGGGGAACGCUUCAUCAUCUGAUGAGGAACUGGAGCAGUGGGAGCAGAUCUUCAUGAUGAGAGAUGAGAACGGCAACAGUUAUAAUGACAAAAGAAAGAAGAAAAGCAUAUGGUGUCGGCCAUCAUGCAUCCCCGUUUCCAUAGUGAUAGUGCUCAUAGUGCUUGUAGUGUUAGUCCCACUUCUCGAUCAGCCUAACCUUGCGCCCGCGCUCCCGACCGCGCCGGCGCCCUUAUAUUGCUCAGACGAGUGUAGGUUAUCUUUAGUAGAAACAAUUCCAGAGGGCCACAUGUACCCUCCAAACAUAACACAUACGCCCACAAAGCAAGUGUGGUUAGAUUUAAUAGAUGAAGCUCAAUCAACCAUAGAAAUUGCGUCUUUCUACUGGUCCCUUAGGUUUAAUGAAGAUUAUCCAUAUAAUUCCUCCAUCGAGGGAGAACAAGUGUUCCAGGCGUUAUACGCCGCCGGGUCAAAACGGAAUAUACAUUUGAAGAUUGCUCAAAAUUGGCCCACUAAGUUAUUCCCUAAUAUAGAUACUGACUAUUUAGUUAAGAAGAAAGCUGCUCAGGUGCGAAGCCUGAAUUUCUCCAAGCUGUUGGGAGGGGGCGUGCUACACACCAAAUUCUGGAUCAUCGACAGACAGCACUUUUAUAUCGGCAGUGCCAAUAUGGACUGGCGGUCGCUCACACAGGUGAAGGAGUUGGGCAUCGUCGCUUACAACUGUUCCUGUCUUGCCACGGAUUUGGGCAAGAUAUUUGAUGUAUACUGGAGCCUAGGCGAGAAAGACGCAGUGGUGCCAGACACGUGGCCAGCCAACCUCAGCACCGACAUCAACAUCGAGAACCCGAUCAACAUCACCGACAAGUAUCACAGCGUUGGAGCCUAUAUCACUAGCUCACCGCCGCCUUUCAGCCCGCACGGCCGCACCAACGACGAUGACGCGAUAGUCUCCAUCAUCGAGUCUGCAGAAGAGUUCGUCCACAUCUCUGUCAUGGAUUACGCGCCCGUGCUCGAGUACACGCCUAAACUUAAGUUCUGGCCUAAAAUCGACGACGCGAUCCGUCGCGCAGCGCUCGAGCACCGCAUCAAAGUGAAGAUGCUAAUCAGCUGGUGGCAACACUCCGCGCCUUCGGAGGAAAACUUCUUGCGUUCGCUCGUCGCGUUAGCGGCCGCUUACCCUCGCGUCGACUUGCAAGUUAAACGCUACAUCGUCCCGUCAACGCCCGAUCAGGCUAAGAUUCCUCACGCGCGAGUCAACCACAACAAGUACAUGGUGACAGACCGCUCCGCUUACAUCGGGACUUCCAACUGGUCGGGAGACUACUUCGUGGACACUGCUGGGGUCGCCUUCGUUCUACAGGAACCGCGCGCCUCUAACAUGACUCAAGACAUACGCGCGCAGUUAGAAGACCUCUUCGAAAGAGAUUGGAACUCUCCCUACGCCGUACCACUGCCGCUAAGUCCCUUGGUACCGCUCCGACCACGGUUAUAGUAGAGAGACUCACUAUAACGAUCGGGUCAGAUGACACGCAAAUUCGUCUAAUCUAACCACCAAUAGUAUGAUUAUGAUCCAGACGUCGUGAAUCACACGUAUACCGACGAUUGUGGCAGUGUGGUGUCAAACCAUCACCCGGGAAAUACGAGAUCGACCAAAUCGGAGACAAUGACGAAUUUUGAAGAAUUGAGGCAUGUGGAACUAGAUGUGUGAAGGAACAUCUGCGGUUACGAAAUGCAAUUUCGUCGGAGUAGGCGUGAAGUAUAGAAGCUAGUACAAAUCCUGUGGCCGAAUCCGGCCAGGGCUCGGAGACAAAAGGACAAUCCGAACUGAUUGAAAAAGCGUUUCGAUAUCAAAGCGAUUGCGAUCUCGGCUUAGCCGGCAGGACAGGAUACCAGUGAUUCUUAGACCUUUGUGGUGUUGAAAUAGACGGAAAAAUAUACUUCAAAAUAUUUGGUAACAAUAUGCCAAUUUGAAACUGCAAGGAGAGUUAUUCAUUUUCAGAUGAAUCUUACUUGGUUCAGUUAAUACAUUGAUUUAUUCCCUUUGAAAGGGAUAUCUGUGCUCGUUCUAGAGCACAUUGUGUUUUCGUGUUUCGGUUUUUCUAUUUAAGGUAUUAUUUAAUGACCGACUUUAAACAAAACUAUUACAGGACGACAAUGAUUUUAGCGCAACAUAUAACAAGAUACACUCAAUCAAUUGGAACCCUAGGCCACUGUACCUACAACCAUGUCAAAAUGACAAGCAGUAAGAGAUUUCUUACAAUCUAAUUUAUAACGUCACUAUGACAUAGUUCUGCAGUGGCCUACAAGCUCUUGAGAAACGAGCCCCAGAGUGCGGUUCCAUAAAAUGCUUGUAAUAUGUAGUCGCUGUAGAAGAAAGAAAUAAAUGUAUCCGAUUGUAUUUAAGGUAAUUCCUGGAAAAAUACCCUUUUUGUAUACGGUUUGGUUGUGACUUGAUUUUUUUUUUAAACUUAUAGUAUUAUAGCAUAACCUUAGGUAGGGUAAUUCUUAAAAUUUUGAAUUAAACUUUUCUAUCCUUGACUAUAUUUGUGUGUUGCGUUUUAUAGUUAGACAUUUUCCAAGUUGUACGAUUGUGCCUUCGAAUGAUUCUGGAGCUGUGUGAGUGUUAACCUAGAUUUUUAUAUCCUUGUAGUGAUGAAUAUAAGAUUUUAAAUAUGUAUCUAUUCAAAGAUAUUUAAACUAUGUACCAAUAAAGUAUUUAAUACGUAGUCUCCGUAGCAGAAGUAGCUAAGCAGGCGAAAUGUCCAAAGUAAUUUGAACGGAACUUCACAGUUAACUUUGUAAGGCUUAAGCUGGUACUUUGAGUUCGAUAUAAUUUAAAUCGGAAAAGAGUUGCAUUUUGUUUGUUUCGUUAAAUUUUCACAUAAAUCAAAAUCAACUUAUUUGCUAUAAUGUAUAUGUUCGAGAGUCUACUGGCAAACUUUGAAUUUGUUUCUUGUACAUUUUACAUAAGACCUGUAAGAUUUUUUUCAAAACAUAGUUUUUACUAAAAACAUAAAUAAAAGGUACCUUUCUUUGUAUACUGGCUACUUGUAAUGAGACACGGUUAGUUUUCUUAGCUUAUCAAACCAACUGUAGUCUACAGUUUUACCUACUAUGUCAUCGACUUUAAUUGUUGAGUCGUUUACAGCUUGGCAAAAAAAAGUAUAAAAAGUAGCAACAUUGUAGUGUUGUCCCUUUCUAAUCAUACAUA